AUGAAACUUUCUUUUCGACUUCUUGUUGCUCUCCCUGCUCUUGCCUCGCUGGUCGCUGGCCUCAUCGUUCCUGAGCCUGGUCUAGUUGUUCGCCAAAAAGGUGGUGGAAAUGGCAACGGAAAUGGAGGUGGAUCUUCCUCUGGCGGAGGCGGGGGCGGCAAUGGCAAUGCUCUUGACCCCGCAGUCAUCGCGACGGGAUUCCAAAACGACGGCCAGGCUCAACCUGCCGCUGGCCAGGUUGCGUCACUCACCUCGUCGGAUAACUUCAUCAACUUCUGCUUGACAGUCCCCAAUGAGCCCAUCACCAAUGGCCAGCAGAUUUCUGGUGGGUCUUGUAACCCCGCACCUAUGGGCUCCAUCCCCUCCACGGCGAAUAUGCCCUCCGCCAAAUUCACCAACCCGAAGAAUCUCGAUGUUAUCCCGCCGAACCAGGCAUUUACCGUCUCUCUCGCCAUUCAAGGCAUGGAGACAGGGCAUUUUACCAAUGCACAACAGAACUACUUCUCCGCGCCCCAGCAGCUAAACGGACAAGGGCAGAUCCAAGGGCACUCCCACGUCGUCAUCGAGCAACUGGACUCGCUCACACAGACGACGCCGACCGACCCCAGCAAGUUCUCGUUCUUCAAGGGUCUGAACGACCCGGCUAAUAAUGGCAUCCUCACGGCAGACGUGACGAAUGGUCUUCCCGAAGGGGCAUACAAGAUCUCGACGAUCAACAGUGCCGCAAACCACCAGCCGGUCUUGGUGCCCAUUGCACAGCAUGGAUCUCUUGAUGAUGCAGUCUACGUAGGUUCAUUCCCGUGA